UCAAUAAACUUACGAGAGUUAAAAAUUACUUUUGUUUGCACUCGUGUAUCAUGCAGUAAAUGGGAAAACUCGAUCAAGAUUUACUCAGACAACAUGACUGCCUUAAAGUAUAUGGCCAAAUCAGGUGGGACUAUUUCAAGACCUAGCGAUUCAUAUACAAGAACUAUGCAUUCAAGGAAUAUAAACACACAGGCAGACAGACUAAGCAGGUUAGGAAGCCACUUCAAGCGUCAGCAAUCCCAAAGAGACUGCUCAACCGUAUACAGCAACAAUAGGGAAAAUUGA